AUGGCUGCGGCGACGGCCAUGUUAGAUGAAGUCCACCAAGGCCCUCGAGAGUUGCACCCCAAUGAUCACAACUCUUACACUCUGGGCAAGAUCAAAAAUCACAACGUGGUGAUUGCCUGUCUUCCGGCUGGAAAUUAUGGUAUCGCGCCAGCAGCCUCCACAGCACAGCAAAUGCUGACCAGCUUUACCGGGAUAAAGUUCGGCCUCAUGGUUGGGAUUGGCGGUGGGAUCCCCCAAGAAGGACAUGAUAUUCGGCUCGGUGACAUAGUCGUCAGCGAGCCCAAAGGCCAGCUUGGGGGCGUUAUCCAAUACGAUCGAGGACGAGAGCUGGGUGUUUGCUUUGAGCGGACAGGCUGGUUGAACUCUCCACCAGAAGUGUUACUAACGGCCCUCAAUGCGCUCAAGGCAAGGCGUUGGACCAAUAAAAGCCAACUCGAUGAGCUCCUUACGUCAAUGGCAGCCAGGAAUCCAAGAUUCGCUCACCCAGGUGCAAAUGAGGCAACGACUGAACUGCCUGAUCGAGGCGAUCAGGAUCCAGUCGUCCACUUUGGCCUCAUUGCAUCUGGGAACCAGGUCAUAAAAGAUGCUGCAACGAGAGAUCGACUGAGACAAGAGCUCGGAAAUGUGCUGUGCUUUGAGAUGGAAGCAGCUGGCCUGAUGAACAGUUUUCCCUGCCUCGUCAUCAGAGGCAUCUCCGACUACGCAGAUUAUCACAAGAAUGAUAUUUGGCAGCCAUAUGCCGCAGCUACAGCCGCAGCUUUUGCGAAAGUUCUUCUCUCUAUUGUACACGCCCAUGAGGUGGAAGAUGCCCGCUACGCUCCUGAUGCUGCCGAUUCCCGUGCCCCUAUUCUACCAUUUUCGGGAAUCAGUGACGGCAAGGAAUUUAUUGCAGGGGCAGCGGCAGGAACGUGCACUUGGCUUCUGCAAGAUGACCAGUACAAGGAAUGGCAAGAACAAGACAGUGGUCUGCUCUGGAUAACAGGGAAACCAGGCUCCGGCAAAUCAACAUUACUCAGAUAUGCCUCGAUGGUCGACUAUGAGUCACAGAACGUCAUCGUCUUGUCCUUCUUCUUCCACAGCAAUGAAUCCGGGUCACAGACGACGCCUCUCGACUUUUAUCGAAACCUUCUCCAUCAACUAAUUGUACGAUACCGGGACCAGCUGUGGAAUCAGCUGGUGGGGGUCGUCCAGAACUUCCAAGUGAGCUCGGGGCGCUCGAUCGACGACGGGGAAGAGUGGAACUGGCAUGUCAAUGAGCUGGAGCGCUUGCUUCAAAGCUGCAUCAACAAGGCGCGGGAAACACAUGCCGUUCAAAUAAUGGUAGAUGCCCUAGACGAAUGCAGUCAAGAUGGCAUCAUCUCCAUCGAGGCCUUCUUCAAGAAUAUCCGGUCUCAACCGGCUUCCAGUCUAUUGCGGUUGAGUAUCUGCAUCACGUGCCGGCACUUUCCUCUAGUCAGAUGGCAGCAAGGAACAGAGAUUUCCGUCGAGUCGAAGAACGAUGCAGACAUCAGGACGUACAUACGGAGUAAUCUCGAACCGAUUGAGGACGACCAAGAUUCCAGGGCUCUGGAAGAUGAAAUGGUAGAACGAUCCUCUGGAAUCUUUCUGUGGGCUAAGCUCAUAUUACCCAAUAUGGUGUUGCAACAAAGAAAAGGGUCGAAUCCUGAGCAACUUCUGCAAUCACUUCGGAAAACGCCUUCACGGUUGGCGGACAUCUUUGAAGAUGCCGUUCAAAAACUGGCCGCGGAGCCGCAUGAAAAGGUGUGGAGUUUGCGACUGUUCCAGUGGCUAUGCUUUACGCGCAAACCGCUUUCAGUUGCAGAGCUCCAAUGGGCGAUGAAUGUCAGUGUGAAUGGUCAGUGCUCUUCUCUGGAACAGUGUCUUCGCUUGUCGGAUUCUAUCCGAACGGAGAAGCAGAUGAUCAAGAGACUAAGAAGCCUCUCUGGAGGGUUGGCAGAGUUGCGUGAGCAUCACGGAACCCAGGUGAUACAGCUGAUCCACCAAUCCGCCAAGGAAUUUCUCAUCGAUCGUGGGUUCCAAACGUUGGAUCUCGUGCUUGACAACAAUUUUGUUUUGCGUGGCCAGACCAACAUAUGCUUGUCCCAAGCUUGUAUCCGUUAUCUUGCAAUGGAUGAAAUCGUCAGUUCCGAGAGCAAUAAGCCCUGGCAAAAGUUUCCUUUCCUUGACUAUUCUGUCACAUCCUGGAUUGUGCAUGCGGAAAAGGCGGAAGGGAUGCACAUGUCGCAAGAGUACAUUCUAUCGUCAUUCCGAUGGCCCUCUGAAGACAUUGUUGGUUCAUGGGUCCGAGCCUCGACAAAAGCACACAAGAACUGGCCCGUGCCUUGCACCACGCUUCUACACGCGACAGCCCGACAUGACCUUGUCAGUGCAGUCGUGGCUCAGACUUGGGGGGCCUCCUUGCUCUACAAGUUUCUUUUAUACUUGGUUAUACAGAAUUGGGUUAUAAUUGUUCCACUCAGCGUGCUGCUUCGUCAGUUAUUACAGCUCUGUGUCGUGGCUAAUCGUGAUAGUGACCGCAAGGAUGACCGUGGACGAACACCAUUGUCUUUGGCUGCGGCAAGAGGGCACAAAAGAGUUGUCCAGAUUCUUCUUUUGCGAGUGGAUGUAGAUGUUAAUACAACAGAUAAAGAGGGGAGGACGCCUCUAUCUUGGGUAGCCGCGGCAGGUCAUGAAGAAGUAAUGGAACUGUUGCUCGCUCACCCCGGCAUUGAUAUCAACCUCUCCGAUAAAUUGAAGAGAACGCCUUUGAUGUGGGCGACUACCAAAAACAAUGAACCUGUGGCGUUGCGACUUAUCCAGGAGACUGCCGAUGUGUCUGCCUCGGAUCAUGAUGGGAUCACCGCCUUGCAUUUGGCUGCUGAGGGAGGUCAAGAGGGACCGACCAGAAUACUCCUGGACCAUGGAGCCAGUAUAGAUGCGAAAGACCAUAACGGACGCACAGCACUUCACGCAGCGGCUUUGUACGCACACGCCCCCGUGCUACAGCUGCUGAUCAACAGAGGGGCUGAUAUCACGGCGAGUGACAACGGCGGAGACACGGUUCUGCACCGAGUGGCCGGCAAUAGAGACCCAAGAGUGGCUCGACGGCUGGUUGAGAAGGAGUCGGAUAUUGUGGCGGCGGGGAGUCUGGUCCUGAAGCACUGCGCCGAUCUCAACUUUGCGACUGAUUCGAAUGGCAGGACCGCUCUCCAUCGUGCGGCUGGUAAUGGGCGCCGGCCUUUGGUGGAAGUACUCCUCCAGAAUGGGGCCAUGAUAAAUUCCGAAGACCAUCAGAGGCAAACACCACUCCUGGUGGCGAUGGAAAACAGAGAGACGGCAAUGAUAAACUUUUUAGUCGACAAAGGCGCAGACAUGACAGUCCUUGUGCGAAAGUCAGACGCCCAAGUCUCACCAUCAAAGAGCAAGGCUGGCUCAGGCAGUAACAAAAUGACACUAGAAAGAGCCUGCAAACGUGGAGAUCAGCCUCUUGUGCAACGGCUGCUGAAUGCAGAUGCCCCAGUCACAUAUGGAGCCUUGAAUGCGGCUUCAGAAAUGGGACACGAAACAAUCGUGAGACUGUUGCUCGAAAAGAGACCCUAUAUUGCUCGAAUGGUGCCAAAAAAGUCGAGGCUAAGGUCCAAAGAUAAUGGUGCACUUCAUCAUGCAGCAAGGCACGGCCACGAAGCAGUCGUCAAAUUGCUGCUCGCCAACGGAGCAGACAUCAACGCCGAUCGUUUCGGUACGCCGCUUUACCACGCCGCAGACGGUCUAUUCAAUGAUACAGCUAAACCAGCCGUGCACGAAGCUAUGAUCCGGCUUUUGCUUGAGCAUGGUGCGAACGCACAAUCAACAAGGUUUUGGCACGCCCUAGAUUCCGUUGCGUUUUGUGGCAGCAAAGUAUUAGUACAGUCGAUGCUGGAUCAUGGUGCAGAACCGACGGCGCACACACUUGAAGCUGCCGUCAAAGGUCCAAACGAGCCGGUCAUCCAUCUCCUACUCGAGAGAGACGUGGAGAUUACACCACAAACUUUGGCAUGCGCUGUUCAGUCAGAGCACGAGCCCACCGUGCGACUCCUUAUUGAGAAGGGGGCUACUCCCACAGAAGACACGCUGGGCUACGCUGUUUCUUUGGGCCAAGAAGCCAUUGUCAGAUUGUUUCUUGAGAAAGGUGCUGCUGCAGGCCCAGAUACACUGAGCAUGAUAUCCGAACACACGAAUGAAGGCAUAGUCCGUUUGUUGCUAGAUAGAGGUGCCAAACCAACACCUCGAGCACUGGAAAGAGCCGCUACAUAUGGCCAUGAAAGCAUAGCGCGGCUGCUCCUUGGUGAGGGUGCCGAAGUAACAUCUGAAGCGUUGGAGAGCGCUGUUGAAAACGGCCAAGACGCCAUCUUCUGGUUGCUUCUCGAAAAGGGGGCCACUGUCACACCAAACACUUUGGUCAACGCCAUUGCAGAGAAAAAUAUGGCUGUUGUCCAUUUCAUUCUUGGACGCAAACUUGAAAUAAUACCCGAAGCUGUAGAGGAAGCUGCUGCGCAUGGCGACAAGGACCUGCUUCAACUACUCCUGGACAAUGGCGGCAGGACAACGCCACAUGUGCUCCCAAGAGCCAUCUCCAAGGGACGCUUGGACCUGGUCCAGCUGCUGCUUGAGAACGGUGCCAUCAUAACCCCAGAGGCGAUAACACAGGCUAUACGGUCAGAGGACGAGGCGAUCAUUCUUCUGCUUGUUGGCAAAGGUACCAGCCCAUCGUCUUCGGCGCUGGAGUCGGCCGUAGAGAAGAAGAAUGAUGCCAUGAUCCGGUUACUUCUGAGCAGAGGCGUCUCGGUGACUUUGGAGGCACUGGACAGUGCUGUUUAUUCUACCAACACGGCCCUGGUUCGACUGCUGCUCGACCAAGAUCCCAAAAUCAUCCAUCUACACAGGAAUUCAAAGACUGCCCUGCACAGAUCUGUCUCUAUGAAAGACGUGUCAACCUCAAAACUGCUGCUCGAGCGGGGCAUCAAUGUGAACUCCGUGAACCACUAUGAUGCUACGGCAUUGCAUAUAGCAACGAAAUUGGGCAAUGAAGAGUUGGUGAGCUUGUUGCUCCGAUUUGGAGCCGAUGUCAACAUAGACCAUCGUUAUGAGGGCCUGCCCCUGUGGUUGGCAGUGGCGCAUGGUUCCGACAGCAUUGUACAGCUAUUUCUGGAGCACGGUGCCGAUGCUAACAAAGACACGUUUCUUAGCAGAUCAACAACAGCUCUGGAGUUGGCCAUUGAGAGCGACAACCCAAGAACGGUGAAACUGCUUCUACAGCACGGGGCGGACGUUGGGAAUGGGGCCAAAGAUAGCAAGAUGUUGGAUUUGGCGAUCACUAACGGGAAUAAGACGAUUAUUCAGUUGGUAAAGGAGCAUCUUGGAGAUGUUGCUACAGGAGAGGAUGAGUGA